GCUGAAGUCUGAACUCCACCUUGAGGCAGAAUGAGGUUCACCCUGGGAUUUCUGCUUCUCCUGCUGCUGGUCUGCAGCCUCUCUCCAGUCCAUGGUGUUUUGGAGACCCUUAACACAGACUUAAAGUGUAGAUGCAUGCGAGAGACCAUUAAAUCCUACCCUAUCCGCUUCAUCCAAAAGCUUCAAAUCUCACCCCCUGGGAACGGAUGUCCAAAAAAAGAAAUAAUAGCCUGGACAAAGUCUAAGUCAAUUGUCUGCUUGGAUCCUAAAGCCAAAUGGAUACAGACACUAAUAUGGAGAAUGUUACAGAGAAGAAAUGCUUCCUCAACUUCACCAGUUCCAGUGGUUAAGAAAAGGGCUACCUGAUGCCAAUAUCCCCACCAAGGACACCUGCACUACCCCUUCAUUCCUGCUCUGGGUUUUAGAUUUGUGUUUGGUUGUAUCUUUUCCAGGAAAAAAUCUUUCCCAUUUAAGUAAGCAUGAGAAUAUAUGUAAAA